UUAUUUUUCGACUUGCAUUUGAAUAUUGAUAAACCAAGAGAGUGAUAAAUGAAUCAAUUUAUAUAAAUAGUGAGAGAGAGAUGAUGAAAUUGCAGUAAAAUGGAGUCAAUCUUUAGUAUGACAUGAAGACAAAUAUACUGUGUCCUGAAGCUAUAAAUGAACCAAACACGAUUCCAUAGGCAAACCAUUGGCGGCGAUUUCUACAAUGCAAAUAUAUAUUAUUCCUUUUUUCAAAAAAAGGGACAAAUUUUUUAGAUUAUUUAUACUCUCUUAUUUUCACUUUAGGGUUUCUCUCUUGGAAAUUCGGAAUCUAAAACUCACCGAUUCAGAUUCCACUCCAGCUCAGCUCUCCGGUUCACCUCGCCUCUCUCAAUCAACUAUUUCCGGAGGUUGUGAUUAGGAUUUUUCUUUGGGGGCUAAGAUGGACCAAUCUGCAUCUGGUAACGACUGCAAGAACAAUUUUUGUAUUGAUAAAUUGAUAGCUGCAAGAAAGUCACUGAAGCUUAGCUUAGAGAAAUCGAGAACUCUAGGAUUGGCUCUUGAAAAGGCUGGACCUAGGUUAGAGGAGAUCAACCAACGAUUGCCUUCCUUAGAAGCUGCUGUCCGCCCCAUUCGCGCCGACAAGGAUGCACUUGUUGCUGUCGGGGGCCAUAUUAACCGAGCUGUGGGCCCUGCUGCGGCAGUGCUUAAGGUUUUCGAUGCUGUUCAUGGACUUGAAAAGUCCCUGCUAUCAGAUCCCAGGAACGAUCUUCCUGGGUAUUUAUCAGUGUUGAAACGCCUCGAAGAGGCAUUAAGGUUUCUGGGUGAUAAUUGCGGACUGGCAAUUCAAUGGUUGGAAGAUAUAAUUGAGUAUUUGGAGGAUAACAGAGUUGCUGACGGAAUGUACCUGUCAAAUUUGAAGACAUCGCUCAAGGGCUUAAGGGAGUUGCAAAAUGAUGGGGAAAGAGUACAUCUUGAUGGAGGCCUUUUGGAUGCUGCAUUGGAUAAACUGGAAAAUGAGUUUAGAAGACUAUUGACGGAGCAUAGUGUGCCACUUCCAAUGUCAUCACCUUCACUAGGCGAACAGGCAUGCAUUGCACCAUCGCCCUUACCUGUGACUGUUAUUCAGAAGUUGCAAGCAAUCCUUGGUAGGCUGAUUGCUAAUAAUAGACUUGAGAAGUGCAUUACAAUCUAUGUUGAAGUUCGUAGUUCAAAUGUCAGAGCUAGCUUGAAGGCACUUGAUCUGGAUUAUCUUGAGAUCUCAAUUUCGGAGUUCAAUAAUGUGCAGAGCAUAGAGGGGUAUAUAGAACAGUGGGGAAAACAUUUGGAGUUUGCAGUAAAGCAUUUGUUUGAGGCAGAUUUCAAGCUUUGCAAUGAUGUUUUCGAGAGGAUUGGAUUGGAUGUUUGGAUGGGUUGUUUUGCAAAAAUAGCUGCACAAGCUGGCAUUCUUGCAUUUCUUCAGUUCGGAAGGACUAUUACGGAGAGUAAGAAAGAACCUGUAAAGCUUCUGAAGUUAUUGGAUAUAUUUUCAUCUUUGAACAAAUUGAGAUUGGAUUUCAACAGGCUCUUUGGGGGAGCAGCAUGUGCUGAGAUCCAAAACUUGACAAGAGAUCUCAUCAAGGGGGUUAUUGACGGUGCGGCUGAAAUUUUCUGGGAAAUCUUUUUUCAGGUGGAAUUACAGAGGCAGAGCCCUCCUCCUCAGGAUGGGAGCAUUCCAAGAUUGGUGAGUUUUAUAACUGAUUACUGCAAUGAAAUUCUCGGUGAUAAUUAUAGGCCGAUCCUGAGUCAGGUUCUUGUCAUUCAUCAAAGUUGGAAGCAGAAAAAGUUCCAGGAGAUGAUCCUUGUAAAUGAGGUUCUGAAAAUAAUAAAGGCCGUUGAUUUGAAUUUGGAAACGUGGGUGAAGGCAUAUGGCGAUGCUACCUUGUCAUGUGUUUUUGCCAUGAACUGCCACUGGCAUCUAUACAAACAUUUAAAGGGAACAAAACUUGGAGAGCUCAUGGGAGAUUCUUGGUUGAAAGAACAUGAACAGUACAAGGAGUAUUAUUCUGCUAUCUUCUUAAGAGAGAGCUGGGGUAAGCUCCCUAGUCAUUUAAGCCGUGAAGGGUUAAUUCUGUUCUCAGGCAGCCGUGCCACAGCUCGUGAUCUUGUAAAGAAAAGGCUCAAGACUUUUAAUGAAGCUUUCGAUGAGAUGUUUAGAAAGCAGUCUGUUUGGGUUAUCCCAGAAAGAGAUUUGAGGGAGAAGACAUGCCAACUAAUAGUGCAAACGGUUCUACCAGUAUAUCGAAGCUAUAUGCAAACUUAUGGGCCAUUGGUAGAGAAAGAUGCAAGUUCCAGUAAGUAUGCAAAGUACACAGUGCAGGGAUUGGAACAAAUGCUCCUUUCUCUUUUUCUACCGAGGCGGGAAAGGUACGGCAGUUUCAAAGGCAGGCCAACAGGCAGCAAAAUUGAUAAUGGGGUAGAUCUUCGCCGGACUGCAUCUGCUGUUGCAUGAUUGUCCAAUCUAUUUCUGUCGCGGUGGUUAAACUGUACGUGUUUUAUAACUAUUCUUCAUCAUAUAUUCAUCCUUUGCCCAUCAAAGUUAAAACUGUGUUGGGUUGGUAGAUAAGAUAAUGAUACAUUCAGGUAUACCAUUUCAUGUUAUAAUUUCAUAUUAAGUUUAUUUAAUUUAGUUGCUAGCUUGUUUGGCAUAAAAGCUAUGUAAUUUAGUGAAUUUCAUGUAUAAAUAUUGAGGCAUAAAAGUGGAAACUGAAGGGUUAGCUUUGAUUGAUUAAUUUAUUUAGUGGUCAAUAUUCCCUAAAAGAA